AUGCCUCAAGAUUACCAUACCAAGGGUACUGAUCCCGCUCACCUUCCACACAAGACUCUUUGCAGAACCACCCGUUUUACAACAUCUCCCUUUCCAGAUAUCCUCAACUGCACGCACCCAGACAGCCUGCUUAACACAGUUUUAUUAAUCCCCCUCUACCUAUACCCAACUUCGUCCAUAACCUUGUCAUCUCUCCCGUCCCCCACGCCGGGUCCGCCCACCCCAUCAUGCCGUCCCUAUCGCUCACCCUGCCGGACCUCCCCGCCGACAUCAUCCGUCACAUCUUCUCCUUCCUGCACGCUUCCGACAUCCACCAUCUCCAUCUCGCCCUUCCCGACCGUUCCUCCCUCCGCCACCACACGCGCGACCCCAUCCUCUGGUUUUCCCUCUACAGUCGCGACUUUCUCCGCUCCCCCCCGUGCCCGCCCCCACUCCUUCGUGUCACCCGCACGGGCGCCCUUGAUUGGCAAGCAGCUUACGCCGAGGCCCAGAGACGGAAAAGGGCUAUCGCUCUACAGAAGCGUAACGCUUGGGGCUUUCCGAAAGCACAUCCAACAAACCAAAACCCUCAAUCCAGUAACACAUCCCCUACCCAAACUCUCCGCGCAAGGUUUGCUUGGGCUGUCCGACUAG